AUGCAUUUAUCACUGGAUACCAUGAGCAUGGUGGACGACAGCUGCCUCUCACCCAGCAACUUCCACGAAAUGGGGAAAGGUGGGGGCGUCACUGCGGGGGGGCGCGUCCACAGCAUUGAUGUCAUUCUAGGCUUCAGUAAAGACCAGGACUCCAUGCUCAGCCCUGCUGGGGCCCCAGGACCCCAUAAAGUGGACAUAGAUGGCCUAGCAGAGCUGGGGAAGCAGCAGGAGCCAUCGUCACACCCAUCCUACAGCGGGCACCAUUCCUCGCUUAGAAACGGCAGCACAGAGCAGCAGUACCAUGAUACUAGCUUAUUCACAAAUAAGUGCGAGGAGGAACUGAGUGAACCCAGGAAGAGUGUGGAAAGUGAUGAAGAUAAGUCUCCAGAGCCAUGCAAGGAUGAUCAACCCAAGAAGAAACACAGGCGCAACCGCACCACCUUCACCACCUACCAGCUGCAUGAGCUGGAGCGUGCCUUUGAAAAGUCCCACUACCCAGAUGUGUACAGUCGUGAGGAGCUGGCCAUGAAGGUGAAUCUCCCUGAAGUCCGAGUUCAGGUCUGGUUUCAGAACCGGAGAGCUAAAUGGCGGCGGCAGGAGAAAAUGGAUGCCAGCACCAUGAAGCUCCACGACUCACCAAUGCUGUCCUUCAACCGCCCAGCACCAGUUCACACCAGCAUGGGUCCAAUGACCAACUCCCUCCCACUGGAUCCCUGGCUGACCUCUCCUCUGUCCAGCGCUACACCGGUUCACAGCAUCCCAGGAUUCAUGGGUCCAGCUCAAGGCCUCCAGCCCAGCUACCCCAGCCACAGCUUCCUCAACUCCAAUCCGUCAAUGGGCCAAGGAAUGCAGAGUAUGGCUCCUCCCCCUUACCAAUGUGCAGCGCCAUAUCCUGAAAAGUACCCUCUGGAGGAUGUGGACCAGCGCAGUUCUAGUAUUGCUGCACUGAGAAUGAAAGCCAAGGAACACAUCCAGUCUAUGGACAAGACCUGGCAACCCAUGUGA